UGAGUAAUGAAUAAAACAACUUUUUUCAAGAAAAAGGAUAAUUUUAUAUUUUAUUUUAAAAGAAAAAUUAAUAAAUUUAUUUAAAAUUAUAUUUCUUUUUUUCAAACUAAAUGUCCCGACGUAACGAGAAUUUAACAGGAAAUGAUCAGAGAAAGGCAUAUCUACUUAAGGUAGCUUCACACAUUCUUUCCCUCAAUUUGACCGAAGAAAGAUUGCCAAAUGUUACAGCACUUAAUAAUUUUUGUUUGUCGGAUGUCCCUUUACUGGCAAUUUCUCGUUUGGAUCAGGGGAGUAUUAAAAUUAAAUUUUGCAUUAAAUUUAAAAAUUUACAGAAAGGACAUGUAGAUCUAAGUAAUGAGGAUGGAUUGAGGAAAAUCUCUUCGUAUCAAUUUUAUAAAAUUGCCCAUAAAAAUUUUGUUUUUAAAAAGAUAAAUAGCCAUCAAACAGCCCAACUUAGAGCUGUUUUCUACAAAAUCAAAAAUACUCCUCUUAGUUUAGAAGAUUAUAAAAACAAUGUUUGUGUUAUUAGUAUACACAAAAAUGCAAGUGAAACUUUACUUGGAACACUCAAACAAGUUUUCUCGAAAGUUUUAAUUUCACAAGCAACAGAGUCUGGACAAGAAGCACGUUUAAAUAAUUUAGUUGGGGAAUUAGAAGAAAGUUUGAUUAAUAGUACAGGAAAUACUAAUUUGGGCGGGAGAGAAGAAACUGGAGGCGGAGUCGUUUCUUCUCUACGUUCAGAAAUCGAGUUAUGGCGUUUAAGGUCAAAAAGAGGUUCUGAUCAAGCACAAAAUUAUUAUGAUGCCUUAGAACCUUUGGCAGAACAUUUAGAAAUUUUGGAAGGAAAUGAUUUGGAUUUAGACGAGCUUUACACGGCUAUUGAAGCAGCAGAACAGAGUGUGGAUGCAUUAUGGAAUCUGGCUGUUGAUGAACCUUAUCCGCAACAGAGAAUGAAACAAUUACUUAAUUGUAUAGGUCAACUGAUUUGUGCUUCCAUUGUUCGUCGAAUAUCAAAGGAAGAGUAUUUCCGUUCAUCAGAAUUAUCAAAAACAGCUCUUUCAUUAACACAACAAUGGAUAGAUGCUGUUGAGUUGUUGACAGCAAAAAGUUGGCCACAAAAUGGAUUACAUCCGUGGGAGGGCUCUCCCCAUCAAAUGGAACAAUUCGAAAGAUUUCAUAAACGAAUAGAUGAGGCAAUAAAAAUUCAUUAG